CACUUCUACAUUGGCGAUGACGAGUGCGAAAGCGACGUGAACCUCUAUGAUGAGGCGGAACUCAUCCUUGCCGAGCUCCUGGAGCCGCUGCAGGGAGCCGACGAGGCCAAGAUCGAGCAUUUGGAGGUCGACAACGGCGACGCCGACGUGGCGACCCUCUCCGAGGUCAAGGACGACGAGCUGGAGUGCAUUGACGGCAUUGGCGGCAAUGGCAGCAUGGGCGGCCAGAAGGGCAAGUGCGACGUGGGGGCCAACGCCAACGUGGACUUGGA